UCCCUCGCGGAAAAUGCCUCUCGCUGCUCCAUAGUUACCGAGUGGCAUAAAUUCCGGUGACAACUGACCUGCUGUCGUACGGUUACUGUAUUCAACCCCACCGAGACCCUAAAAAGACCCAGUGCUGUUCUUUUGUUUAAAACAUGUUUUUUUCCCUACCCCGGAGCUCCCUCCUCCCCUUCUGGUCUCGUCUGCAGCUUCUCCUGCGGUUUUGUGGGAGCGCGCACCAGCGAGUGGGGACUUGUCCUGGAGCGCACGCGGGAAUGUUUCAGCGCUUACUCAGCACUGCUCGAGCCCGUACACAGGAGGCAUGAAGGGAUCAAUUUAUUAUCGAAGCGGAAGGUGUUAAGGGCCGGUCCUCAGACCGUGGCGCCGCUGUGUCGUGUUUUUACAAGAGCUUUUUUUCAUCUCAAGACUGCGUUAUGAAUGAGACCGUGUCAGUCGGUCACAAGUCCGUUUCUAAAAAAUUACUCUAAAGUUUAUUCAACGUUUUAAGAAAGCGCCACGGGAAAUCGUUUGUAUACAUGCCACCGCCACCGGCAGACACACGCAUUCUCAGUUUACACGGCCGUAACGCGUUUGUUUUUAUUUUUGUUUGUUAUCUUGUGUCCCGAGAUCAAGCUGUGAUUAGAAAAGCUGAAAAUAAACUAGUUUAUUCAACAGGUGAAUCAGACGAGUCCGCGUUGUGUUUGAUGGGACUGCGGCGUCACCUACUGGUAGAACAAAGUCACUUCGCCCGUACUCCAGAGUCUCUGUAUUUUUUUACAUCUUGCUUGCCGUAGUUGGUAUAAUCCAAAAUGGCGGCAUCCUUGAGGACGUUGUGUGCCGCAGUGUCGAUGCAGUCUGUACGCCCGUUUUCAUCGUCGUGUGUGACCCUUGCAGGAAGGAAGUGGAGACUGGAAAAUGGUUUGGCACGUAGUGGGUCAGAGUAUGGGCCAUUAACAGAUCUGCCUGACUGGUCGUAUGCAGAUGGAAGGCCUGCACCUCCAUUGAAGGGGCAGAUCCGCAGGCAAAAGCAAAGAGAGGAGUUUGCUAGAAGAGCGGUGUAUCUGAGUGCAGAGGUGGAUGAAGGGAUGAAGCGAUGGCGGGAGAAGAAAGAAGAGGAGAAAUGUAAAGAAGAGCACCUGAAAUCCUUACUGCUAAAGCCUAAAGGACAUUUAUUAUUAAAGAACAAAAAAUAAAAGAUGCUUCAAGACAAAAA